AUGAUAAGGAACAGACCGCCAAGUCCAUCCGACUCGAUGGACAACCAUGCAUCGGAACGAGGAAGGAUCAAACGGUCUCGUGCAGUCUUGGCAAAAGCAGAGGCCAAAUGCAUAUAUGAUCCAUGGAGAGGAGGCCAGGAUCAAAGGUCUCUACCAGACGGUGCCGUCCCAUAUCAUCUAACAGACCAUUGUGGUUCUGGGCCCUCUUCGUUGGAAGGCCGUCUUGGUCAUGUCGAGAGGUCCCUUGCUAGGAUAGAAUCUUUGCUCUCCGAUAACUCUCUUGGUCGUCAUGAUGGUCAUCUCCCCUCAUCUCCAUUGCGGCACAAUGAAGAAGAUGUCUGGUUGUCUCUCAUCGCUCAGCUUCCCCCAUUCUCACUUGCCGAAAGACUACUCCGUAAUUAUUUCAUCUUGGACACAAUGUUGCGCUAUACCCACCAGCCCUCUUACACAAGUCGAGCCCACAAGAUCUACUCCGUCAGCACUGGUCAGGUUAGACAUGAUAUCGACAAAGAAUCUUCCUCUUACCUCGCUUCGUUAUGUCUGACGAUGGCUAUCGGUACUACGCUAGAUGAUCAGCGCAGCAAUAGUAAAUCGGAGCAACAAUCCCGAAAUCUGCGCAAGCAACUGAUAUCACUUCAUCAUCGGUUCUAUGAGAUCUCGGAAACUCUAGUCCCCUAUCGGUCCAAAGAUUCUAACCCAGAAUUCGCUUACUAUCACCUUCAUGCGCUCAUGCUCCGAAUACAAAGAGGGUUAAUGGCCGAUUCUUCAUCGUUAUCUCAAACAUGGUUCGAGCAGGGUAGGUUAUUCAACACGGCAUUGUUCUUAGAAUUUCAUCGAGAUCCGGACGAUCUGAAUGUGCAGAUCAGCCCUUUUUGGAAGGAAUUAAGGAGGCGCAUAUGGUGGGCACUGUCAGUUGGAGAGAGGAUAGCAACACAAAAACUUCGGUUACCUACCAUUCUCCCUCAGUCGACCGUACGAAAACCAGUCCUUAUUCCCGAUUGUGACCUACGUGAAGAUAUCACUCAAAGCGAGCUCAACGAUCAGACAUUCAUCGGCCGGAUAUUCACAUCGUCGUCUACAUCCUUUGCCGAACUCACUCCACCCGAGAUACUGGUAGCGUCUACCGGAAAAACUGCACCUGCGGAAUGGGCGUUUAUCGAUGCCAAAAUUGAUUCAACUCAAAUCAUGACUGAGCUAUCGAAGAUGUCACUGCACUCCUUGUCCCCAAACUCUCCUUUACCUGAUAUCUUGCUCGUGGACAAUCUUAUCGAACAACUGGAUGCUCAGAUACCAAUACACCUCCGUUUCGAUACUCUCUCUACUGCUCAGACUCGUCACUGCCCUCUCACAGCCCCUGAUCAACCGCCAUGGAUACUAGCUCAAGCAUGUGUAUCGAAUACAGGUAAAGCGUCGGCCACUCUCAAUGCUUAUCAACCAUACCUAUCCUUGUCAACCAGAAUACCCAACAACACACAGAUCGUUCAACAUGCUCUCGAACGAUCCCUCGCAGCAGCACAUCGAUUGAUCGUUUCGUCCGAAAUUUUUGUAUGGCACAUCACAUUCAGAUGGCCGGAGGGAAGAAGUCUUUUCUCCUGGAAUACUGGAUCCAAGGUAUUUGCGGCGGGAGUGUUGGUUGCCUUGGCAGCUAUUCGAGACGGUCCAGACAAUGAAGGUUGGAGGGGUUGGAUGGGCGAUCUGCAAUCCGCGGAAGGAUUAUUGAAAGUCUUAUCAGACCACACUGCGAAGAACCUUGAAGGAGAAUGGUCAGCUUGUGAAAGUCCUGACCUGAAGGCUCUCAAGAUACUUCGUCGAUUGCACGAACGAGCUAGAUCACCAGCUCGUCCGACACGACCAUCUGGUUCUGGCACAACGACGAUUAUUAAUGAGGAGAAGCUAUUCGAUCCAUACACUACACAUGAGAUGAGCAGGAUCAGCACACUGACCAAUUCACCAUCUCAGGUGAAAAUGACAGCGGAUCCUGGUGUAGCGGAGAACUUCACAUUAGAAGACCUGGAGGCUUUGCUGACACAAGUCUACGGGAAACCACAAGGAGGUGCGGAAUGA